AGGAGCUAAAGAAGUUACAUCGACCUGUUGAGAAGCGUAAAUUCAAGGUAAAGUCUUUCCAACUAAUCUGUGUUUCACAUCUAUAUCCCCUAUGCACACAUUGUGUUAUUUCUAUAGAAUUAAAAGGUAGAGCAAAUGUCUUGAAAAGUAAACGAAUUGGUGGGAUAUCCUACCAUCCGGCUGGGGCCCUAUAGAAGUAUUAACACUCCAAUAGAGGCUUCCUUCUAAGGAAAUUGAGAUAAGCUCUGGCGGUGUGGAAUACUAAGACCCGUAUGACUCGGUAGUAAUAUACUUGCCUUUGCGAUUAAAAGAUUGUUUAUGUUCUGUUUUCCAGAGAUGAGUGACUUAAAAGAGAAGGUACAGCUGUUUGAGCAGCCAGAAUAUGGUGGGGGAAAAGCGGUAAGAUAUUAAGUUAAAUCAGAUUUACUGCGAGAUUUUUUUCCAAAGAGUUGGAAAAGCUGCGAUUACCAUGGUUACGAUGGUUACCAUGAUCAUUCUGGAUUUCUCCGUGACUCGAGCUGAGUCACAAAGUAAGACCGAAAAAUCCGCGAGACUUUUCUAGAUUUCUUUCAGUCACUUUAACCUUUAAAACGCAAGUUUUUAUCAAAAUAAUUAAUCUUCUCCUGUUAAACAAGAGUUCAAGUCUCUAAGAACAUAAAGACCCAAAUUUGGGUUUUUGGCGUUAUAAACAUAAGAAAGUGAGCCAAAGAUUCCAUACUAAUAAAGCAACCUUUCAUGCUACAAGACCACUACUAGCAAGUUGACAAACAUGUUUCAUUUCUACAUUACUUUAUCCGCAAGUUGGCCAUAGGUUUUCUUUGAUUAUGAUUAAAUUGUACAAAACCCCUUUAGAAGUCUCUAAAAGGUAAAAUUACCAAUCAGAUCUUGGGUCCAUUUGGUUUCUCGCCAUAGUUUCUUACCGAGGACAACCCGGACCUAACUGUUGCUCCAGUAAACCUUCCCAAAGGAGCGUCCUCCGUGAAGAUCGGUUCUAACCAGAGGUCGUGGCGGGUGUUCACAGAAGUCAACUACCAAGGAGCUUCCACCAUUUUGUCCGCUGGGAAAGAUUAUUCAAGCCCGGAGAACAUUGGCCUUGUUGGCCCUAUCAAGAGCAUGCGUGUUUCAUAAGCAAUUCAGAAGAAGACAGUCUGGAAGUGUUUGAAGCAA